AUGGAGCUCGGUAUCACAGAAGAAGAGGCCACUAAGGAGAUUGCCGGAAAAUACUGCAGGCCACCUCCACUGAAUUCUGAACAAGCGAUGUUCUACACUGAGGAACCACCACAGAUUAUCGAUGGGAAUCGUUCCGAGGAAAAAUCGAUAAGUGAUGAGGCGCUAAUCGAUGCGAUGUUCAGUGAAGUACUGGAUGGUGAGGCAAGUGAGAGGACGAGUGUGGGAGCUGAUUCCAUCUCACGGAAAGUUGCUCUCCAGGAACAACAGGAUACGUCGAGCUUGAACGGUGGCAAAACAAAGCUCGAGAAAUCGCAGAGCCUCGAUAACUGGUAUGAUCACCCGGCAGUCCAUGACGAUGAGGAAGAUGUACAGGAUUACGUCUCCGACCUGCUCAGCCAAUCAAUGAGCGAAGCUAUUUUCUCGGCAUCAAUGAAAUUAGAAAGAAACCGACUCAAAAGUGAAAGCGUAGAGGAAGAGGGCGAGCAGGAGUCCGACACUAAUAGCCGAGAAGGAAAGGAGAACACGAACACUAAGGCAGAGGUGGAUCAGGGAAGCCAAAGCGAGGACCCGAUUCUGAAGGCGGUAUUCACUUCGAGCAUCGACAACCCACAAUUCAUGGAGUCGGUCAUUUCCUAUCCUUCUUCGGUGCAUUCUCCUCACUACACCUCAUCAACGCUCACAACUCCAGGCACUGCCAAGACGAAGGACGAACCUGACGUCUUUUUCGCCUCUGAACCUCCUCCUUCUCAUGCCAACGAAGGUGACGCCACUUAUGUAUCAAGCGCAAGUGUGAUGAUGAACGACACGCACUCGUCCUCCGAAGGCGAUUUCGAUGACGAUCACAUCAUCAAAUUGGUGUUUUCUGAACUGCCGGACACAGCCAAACGACCACUUUCGAAGACGGUCGAAACGGCAAGAACACGACCGCCUAAUAUGGAGACUAUGGAGGAGGCAAUGGAGGAGUCAUGUCAGACGCCGAACAGCUCAGUGGAUUCU